CCCUCUCUCUCUCUCUUUUCUCAUAAAGCUCCCAUUUGUGCUUACACCAGCAGAGAUUGAUUCCUUUUUGUGCCAAUAUGUUGACACAGGAGAGCUCAAACCCCCAUUGGGGGAGCUUUAGAUCGGUCAAUGAGACCCCCCCCUCCCCCCCACACGCACCCACCACCAACAGCCUUCAUCCACCCCACGCCCCCUCAGUCCCUCCCACUCCGAGCCCUGUCCCCCGUCCGCAGGGCUUGGGCGGAUGGAGCUGCAGGCAGCAUCGCCCGGUGAUCCGUCAUGAGCUGACACUGACCCGACAGGCAGAUGGACAGACAGAGAGAGCGAGGGCUAGGAGGCGUGUGUGUGACUGUGCUCCAGUGAGAGACCAGUAGGGCCCGGUGAGAGUGCAGUGAAUCUUUUAAAGGGGUUCAUCAACUCAGACACCCUAGCUUCUCGUAUGUCCGCAUCACACGCACACUCACCCGCACAGAUGCGCACUCAUUAUUUAGCUGUAGGUUUUCAAUGGUGACAGGGACGUUAGAUGGUCAUGGCUGGUUGGAUCAAGAGCAGGUUAGAGGUCAGUGUGUAGGGCUGAAGGAAAGGUUAGAGGUCAAGGUAAUCUCUGACCUAAGGGCGAUGACAUUAUGCGUGCAUGUCUGUGUGCUGCUUAGUGGACAUUUUCCUCCUAGGCAUGGACUCCUCUGUGUCAGCUGAACGGUGCAUUUCAUGACCGCUCCAUGUGUACGGAUCAGGGGGUGCUCAGUGCCUUCUUCCUUGCGUUCUCUGUGGGGGAACAGAGGUGUGGCAGAAGCUGCUGUAUAGCAGAGAGGAUGGUUGCAGUGCAGGGAGGUGUAACAGGGAGCAGAGAGGAUGGUCGCAGUGCAGGGAGUUGUAACAGGGAGCAGAGAGGAUGGUCGCAGUGCAGGGAGGUGUAACAGGGAGCAGAGAGGAGCUAAAGGGGACAGAGCAGCCAUCUUUCUGAAGUCUGCCUCUUGCCACUGCUAAUCAGGUGGUGUUAUGUCAAAGAGCUGUGAGACCUCAUCUUUUUCUCUCUCUCUCUCUCUCUCUCUUUCUCUCUCUCUCUCUCUCUCUCUCUGGAAGUGGCGGUGCGGGGUGCAGUAGCUUGCAGGGGGAGGGGGGAGGGUGCUCGUAGGCUCAUAACACACUCAACUCAGAUGGUUGAGCAAGGCUGAGGGGGAGAGAGAGUGUAAUGAGUGCAAUAGAAGCAUGAGAGGGAGGGGCUAGAGGGAGAGAGAGAGAGUGGGAGAGUGGGAGGCAUGCGUUUCUCCGGCAGUCUCUCUGUAAGCGGAGAACAGAAGACGAGUAGAGAAGGAGACAGAUACUAGCCACCGUCUGUUGCUGAAGCCAAAAUCUCUGUCGUCUAGCUAACCACCAAGGACGGAUACUCACACCACACACGCCACAGAAGACGUCACUGAAGCCUGGACGCGCUGACCUGAGCCGGGGCUACCUGUGUGUGAGUGGUUGUGAGAGAGAGAGAGAGAGAGAGAGCCUCAUGUUUGGGUUUGUAUCAUCAUCUGAUCAGUCCACAGAGCUGGAGGGCACGAGGGGGUGAGAGGGCGGGAAUGUGUGUGUGUUGUGUUCUCAGAUGGACAGGAUCAUUCGAGACCAGUCCGUAAUCUGACUCGGUGAUACAGGUGUGUGUGUUUGCUUGGAUGCUCAUGCGUGUAGACACACGCCUUUCGCCGUCCACGCACAUGCGUAGCUGUGCUUGCGACACCGGUGUCAAAACACACACACACAACAGGAGGAAGUGACACCUCUCUGCUCGCUCUCGGAUUUCCUGAAUCUUCUCUGUUGGCACGACGAACCCUGAAUCGGAGCUGACCUCGCUCAUCCUCGCCCUGCCCCUCGUCCGCUCCCCCCCCCCCCCGCUCCCGGACUGCCAGGCCUCCGCUCGCCGAGUCGCUCCGAAGGAGAGAACAAACAUCAGCGCCUGGACUGUGAGCGUUGGCUGGAUGCCUCUACAAACCGAGGAGCUUUCCCCGUCAAGGACCGCACGCUCUCCAAACUUCCUAUAGACGCACUCGCCCGCCGGCGAGGAGCGGCCCUGUGUGUGACUCUCGAUGACGGUCAGCAACGUGGCCACGCCAGCCAUGACCAGCAGCAACAGCAUGAGCAGCGGGUACUGCAGCCAGGACGAGGAAGGAGACGACUUCACCUUCUUCACAGCCAAGAACACCUUCUUUCAGCAGGCCAAGCAGGCGCUGAAGAAUGAGACAAAGGAGGAGGACAGAGGGACGAAGGCUCUUUCUGAGGAAGAGGUACGAGCCAGGAUAGAGGAGUAUAAUGCUCAAAUCUCCGAGAAUGUCAUGAAGCUGGCUGACAAUGGCUCAUACACAGGCUUCAUCAAAGUCCACCUGAGGCUGAGUCGACCAGUCACAGUACCCACUCUGGAAGAGGGUCAGCAGGGAGCAGGAUCAAGGCUGAGUGACAAGCGGACAUCUUUCUACUUGCCAUGUGACUGCGUGAAGCAGCUGCACAUCAGCUCUACCACCACAGUCAGGGAGGUCAUCCAGGGCCUUCUGAAGAAGUUCAUGGUGUUGGAUAACCCUCGCAAGUUUGCCCUGUACAGACAGACACACCGGGACGGACAGGAUCUGUUCCAGAAGCUUCCUGUGUGUGAGCGUCCUUUGUCUCUGAGGCUCAUUGCGGGUCCAGACCCUGACAAGCUGAGCUUCAUCCUCAAGGAGAACGAGACUGGCGAGGUGGAGUGGCAUGCUUUCUCAGUUCCUGAGCUGCAGAACUUCCUGGUCAUCCUGGAGAAGGAGGAGACUGAGCGUGUUCGGGUGGUGGAGCAGAAAUACUCUGUGUAUCGACAGAAACUACAGCAGGCGCUACGGCAACACAACCCCUAACUCCUCACCUAUGACCUUAAAACUUCAACCCAGGGAGUUACUGACCCACCUUUCUAUCCACGUUUCUACCCCCACCACCGCUUCCCACCUCUUACCCCACCCUUCCAGACCCAUCCCUUUCCAGCCCAGUCAAUGACUUAACACUGACUCACACCCCCCCUCCACCACCCCACCCCCCAUGGAGAGGAGAGGGGAAGAUGGCUUGAGAGAGGAAAGCUGUGGCGUGUGUCCGGGGAGACCAGAGGCACAGUGAUGAACUCUUAGGGAGGGUCUGAUGGCUUGAUAUUAUGUGAUGAUGUUUCUUAAGGUUUCUGCUGCUGCUGCUGCUACUGCAAGUGUUACUUAAGCAUGAGUCUUACCCUUUGUACUCCCCUUCUCCCACUCUCCUGCACAUAUUCUGGGGUAAAUGGAUGGCAUCAUCUUGAACAUGCUUAUUAAAAUGUUGAUUUCAUAGAUGCUUAUGACACAACCUCUUACGUCCCCUGCAUGCCUUACUGUCUGUCUGGGGUUGGGGGUCAGGAUUUUAACAUACAACAGUAGUCUAUUCAGAUACUAUUAUACUGAGACUAUAGGCUCAGGAGAAAUCAGGAGCAUGAUGGCCAACAGUAUUUACAGCACAGUUGUACCCACUGUAAACUCAUAUCUCUGGUAACGCACUGAAAUAUCAAUGCUGUUUUACUCAGGCUCCCUCACCCUACCUGUGAUCUGUGUUAACUUGUGUAGGAGCAUUAACUCGCAUCAUAGAUGCCCUGUGUAUAUCUGACCACAGUCACCUAGUUCCAGACAUUGGCAAACUAGUCUGUAAACCAUCUACAAAUGGCCAUUUGCAUGAAACAGCUGCCUUUACUGUGAAUCCACUCUCCAUCUUUAACUCAAAUCCUGACCUUUGACCCCUAACUGUAACAUCUACCCCAUUCUUUGUGGAGUUCUCUAACUGGUGUGGUCCUAGGCAUGGUCACCGGUCCAUGCCCGUCAAAUGUUUGAAGCCUGCUAUUGUGUAGAAAACAUGAACCUGGCUUUUAGGAGACUCAGUUUAACAAGAGCAGCCAUGGGGCAUGUGGUGUACGUCUGUCAGCAUGAAUCUGUAGCCCAGGAUUCAGCACAUACUGUACCCUUAUAGUAUCUUUUUUCAGAACUAGACUUAGUUGUUGCUAUUUGAAUGUGAAAGACUUAAGAGGGAUGUCAAAGGGAUUUUACCAAAGCUCAGAGGGACUGGAGAGAUGUCUGAUUGGAAAAAUAAUGUUUUGUACAAUAAACCAACUUCUGUUUUGCACAUAUAGGCCACGGUUUGGGCCACACCUCAGAAAAAUCUGAAUCAAUCAACAAACUCAAUGAUAACGUACCAAUGACUUAAUUUUUGUGUGAAAGAUCUACUGAAUAUGUGUGUGUGUAUGUAUUUAUAUAUAUGAUGAAAUGUAGGGGAUGGAUUGGUUUGUGUAAAUACAGUGUGUAGGUGUGUGUCUGUCUCUCUAAGAAUCCUGGAUCCCUCAGAGGCCCUUACUGUCACUCCUUCACCCCAGCCCCUCUGCCCAGCCCCUCUGCCCAGCCCCUCUGCCCAGCCCCUCUGCCCAGACCCUCUGCCCAGACCCAACAAUCACUGUCCAUGCUUUUUCUCCUGGCAGUGCCUUUUGUUCUGUGUGUGUGUGUGUGUGUGUGUGUGUGUGUGUGUGUGUGUGUGUGUGUGUGUGUG